AUGCUCGACAUCCAGAAGCGGCGCGUCCAGCUUCUGCUCUUCGUCGCCGGCGUGCUCGCCCUCAGCAUGACAGCUGAGAAGUGCAGGGAACUUGUCGGAAAGGAGGCUGCAUCAAAGAGUGGGCAGUUCACAUUCAUGAACUGUUUCGAUAUGGGGUCGGGCAGCCUUGCAUGCGCAGGGAAGGAGGGGGUGAAGCUGUAUGUAAACAACCUGCGAAGCGCACACAUAGAAACCGUGCGGCAGCGAGCCCUUGAGAAAGCGUUGGCUGAUGCUUUGACAGAAGGCCUGAGUCCUGCUGAGGCAGCCAAGCAAGCUCAGAAGAUCGGGGCAAAAGCGACGAAGGUGGCCGCUCGUCAAGCGAAGAGGAUAUUGGGGCCGAUAAUUUCCUGUGGCUGGGACUUCUUCGAGGCAAUGUACUUUGGCGGAAGCAUGACAGAAGGUUUCCUCCGGGGCAUGGGCACCUUAUUCGGAACCUAUGCGGGUGGUUUCCAUGGCGAGGAGAGGCUGGGAAAGCUUGGCUAUCUCGUUGGAAGCCAGCUAGGCAGCUGGGUUGGGGGAAGAAUCGGACUGAUGGUCUAUGAUGUCAUCAACGGGUUGAACUACAUGCUUGAGUUUGUCCGUCCAGAGGAGUAUCGAUCAUCAUCUUACGCAGCAGAAGAGGGCUCAGAGUAUGCAGAUAACUACAGAAGUUCGUCUUACGUAUCAGAAGAGGGCUCAGAGUAUGCAGAUAACUACAGAAGUCGCGAAGGAUAUGAGCCAACAUACAGUGAGACGCCAGAAGAGGCGCAGGCGGAGGAGGAUUCGGGGGGUUUCAGCUUGUUCUGA